AUGGCCUCGGACUCUACAUUUUCUCCAACCCCUUUCAGUCCUUUCUCCUCUUACUCUGUAGCAAGCGGGGCAACUUCUGAUGAUGCACCAGAUCUUGGUGCUUUUACGACCGUAUUUCGUGCUCUGAAUACCUUUCAGCCUCGCACAGGGCCGAUACCUAUCGCAGAGGUCGAGAGUGUGACUCCGACCUCUUCUUUCGCUUUUUCGCCCUCCGAUUAUGACUCUGAGAUAACCGGCGGGUCCACUGUGUGGUCCCGACCGCCGAUUGCUUCAUAUCUCUCGUACUCAUCCCCGGACAGUGCGCCCCGGGCCCGCUCGUUACCCCGGUCGGACACAGACUCCACAGCUUCGGAUGUGGACGGAACAGAUGUACCCGACGGAGAAGAAGAUGGGGAAGAAGAUGGGGAGGGUGUCGAGAUAGUCGACAUCGACGUGGUCGACCAGCCCUCGCUAGGGCUGCUCGAUGAGGCGCUGGGCUUCAUUGCCGCCGAGCGGGCGCGCUUUGUCGCACAGCGUGACAUAGGCGGCAUGAGGAGCAGUGCCUCGGCCACGACCACACAUACAACCACGGCCUCGGACAGUGUCUGGCGACACGCCGUCCAGCCGCGUCGGAAGCGACGACGAAAGAAGAACCGGUCGGUGCAGGAGGUAUCUCGAGUACGGGGUGCUGUGGAGGACGAGGACGCUAACACCGAAACUGUCGUGCCACAACCGGGCGAUGAUGAUGCGUCCGAGUCGUCUUCUUCACAGGAAGGACCAUCUUCUCUUCUAUUCCAAGCUGUCCACGUCGGCCUGCAACCGAAUGGCAAGGAGCGACGACGGCUCCAAUCGGCGGCGGUGGAGAAGCCGCGAUUACACCAUAGCAAGUCCACGCCGACGUUGCGCCUGCGGGUAUCGAUACCCUUUGACGCGCGCAUCAUACAACUGCGCACGCUCGCACACAAGCUGCGGCUCUUUUUUCCAGAGGACGCGGCGACGCUCUCGUCGAUCCUCUCACUCAACAAUCCAGAGAGCUCGGAUUCCUCUUCAUCCUCGUUUGUCGACCCACGCGGGCCCGUCCCGCAGUCGCAGGACACGCUCAUUCAUGUGUUCAUCGAUCAUUCCAACAUUCUCAUCGGUUUCGUGACGUACCUCAAACGCCACCUACACCACCUCAUACGCAAGGCCGGCAAGCAUGCGCAUAUGUCGCACGCUGCGCUCGCACUCAUUCUCGAGCGUGGCCGCCCGAUCACUCGCCGCGUGCUCGUUGCUUCAUCUCCACUCUACCAGCCGAUGGAGUCCGCCGUCCAGCUAGGCUACGAAGUCCGCGUCUACGCGCGCGUGCCCGACACCGGCGACGGCGCGGACCGCCAGCCGCGCGAACCGGAACGCGAGCGUGAGCUGCAGAACCCCAACGGCGAUAACGUGCAUCCACCGUUCAAGGGCCGCGGCCGCAAGCCCGCGAUACCCUACAACCACUCGCGGGGCCAGCCAAAUGGGCAUUCGCACAAGAGCUCGAUCGGCGGCGGCGGGACGUCGACCGAGUCCGAACCGGGGGCAGGCACGGGGACGGGGGCGACUAGCAGUAGCAGCGGCAAUGGCAACGGCAACAACGCUCGCGUCCGCUAUCGCGAGCAGGGCGUAGACGAACUAUUGCAGCUGAAGCUCCACCAGGCGAUCGCCGCGGCGGAUGCGGUCCCGCCAGGUGCGACGAUCGUGCUCGCGACAGGUGACGGGAACGUCGGACAGUUUAACGAGGAAGGGUUCCUCGGGUGCGUGCGUACGGCGCUGAAGAAGGGGUGGCGCGUGGAGCUCUAUGCGUGGGAGGGCGGGCUGAGCAAGGCGUGGAUGCGCGAGUUCGGAGAGGGUCCGUACGCUGGGAGGUUUGGGAUCCAUAUGCUUGACCGGUUUGCGCAGGACUUGCUUGAGAUUUGA